CGGUCAGAUGCUUGCAAAGCUGGUCAUGUCCCGUCCUGCCAGUUGCCAGAGACCCAACACAACCACGGCUGGCAUUAUUACUUUAUCUCCCCUCUCCCCCCCUCAACUCGAACUGUUCCCUUCUUCUGUUUACCUUCACUACCUUCUUGGGUUUAUCAUCAACAUCCCUUUUUCUUCGUCUUCUUGAAGCGCAGUUGCGUGUCCUUCUUUUCUUCUCCCGCAGCUAGGGUUUUACUUUCCUUCAUUGUCCAACUGGCUUGGCUGCACACAUUCAUUUGACUACGCUUCUUGAACACCACCUUUUUUUGUCAAUACACUUGACCUAUCCGGUUUAUUCAAACGAACAGCUUCACUUCUUUGGGACCAUUCCCCCUCAUCAAACAACGCUUCUCCGUUUCCUCUCCUUGACGGAUCUGCAAAAAGCCGACUUCGUUGUUGCGAGCUUCCGGCCGGAAUUCCCCCAUUUUCCACAACCACUUUAUACUUUUCGAUUCCUCGGCAGCCAGUUUCUGUCUCACCAAUUAUCAACCCCAGCUUCCAGGACGACGCGAAGAACGCGCGAAGAUUUUCACCUUCAAGAGACCAAGAGUUUACUUGUACUUCUGAGAGGUACCUAUCGACAUCGACUGUUCGGAAACGAUUUUACGAAGGAAGAAAAACAUGUCUCCCACGAUGCAAUUGGCACCCCACACGGCCACAUACGCUCCCACUUCCGACGCCAUGGAUCGUCACGAGUACGGCGUCACCAAGAACCGCAAGGCGGCUUCGACCGGCGGCGGUAGAGCAUGGAGCGAGGACGAGGAAGUCUAUCUCCUCCAGACUCGUCUUCAGAAGAUGCCUUACAAGCACAUCGCCGCUCACUUGAAGAAGACGGAGCUGGCAUGCCGUCUUCACUACCACCAGCUUAGCCAUGGCAGCAACCGACGCAAGCAGCGCACGACCUCGGUCUCUUCCGGUUCUUCUGUAAACCACUCCCCCGUUAUGCAGCCGACGAUGCCUACUCCAAUCCGGGAGUCGACUCCUCGCUCCGUGUCGCCCCCCGGCCGCUCGACGAGCUAUGCCCCCGUCUCGCCCGCCCCUAUGCAACUCCCCAGCAUCAUGGGCAACGGCGCUUCCCCUCGUCUACCCGCCAUUCUUCCUAAGCCGGUCUGCAUGACCCUGCCGCCUCGCACAGCUUCUCCCAACCGAGGAUAUCCCACCCCUCUUCCCGAGUCUCACAGCGCCCCUCUCCCCCCUGCCGCCUUUCAGUCCAUGUCCGGCAGCCUCCCCAUGACGCCGCCGCUGCGUUUGGAAUGCGCUCUCCCUCCCCUGCAACCGCCUGUCAACCACCAUCACGUUGACAUGAACCGCCUGCAGUCCGUUUACACUGCUCACCGCGCCUCGUUCUGGGCCGCCGUCGCCAAUGACUACGGCCCAGGUGCCAGCCCAGUCCUUUUGGAGCAAGCUUGGAAGAGCGGCGCGUGUUGCAGCCAGCACCAAGCCAGCACGCCCAUCACGCCGACUUCCAGCCCCGACAACACGGAUCGUGAUGGCUACGACAAGCCCCAAGACAAGACGCGCAUCUCUGCCAUUCUUGGCAUCGACGCCAACCCGCGCUCUCCCCGUGAGCGCGAGUUGGUGAGACGUAUGGAGGAACAGCGCGUUGGAGCCUAAGCCAUUUUGGGCCUUCCGAUCCUGUCACGCACUUUGAUUACUUCUACUAGUGUAUUACUUCAUACGUUUUGUGCACAACUCUUGUUUGGGGAUUUCUGUUACUUUCUGAUGUGGGCAACAACAAGACUACAUCACCAAGACAACAGCUUUGUAAUUCGCUUCUGUCUGCUUGUCUAAUCCGAGCCGUUUUCUUUACCUUGGCCUUGGCUAGGCACGCAUUUUCUACGUCCUCACCGUACACGAUCACAUACGACUUUGGGGGGGGCAACUGCGAACACAGUUGAGUGAUAUCCGGCGCAGGAGGGAGGGGUUGGCUGCGGGCUCUUGGAGAAAGAAGCCCUCAUCAAAUUUGGUUAUUUUUCUUCUUUUGUUUCCCUCUACCUGGUUGGGCAAAAGAACUAUCGCGGAGGCUUAUGUGAGAAACCCCAAGGCCGAAUUCUUGAGACGGGAUAGCCAGGCAUGGUGAGCAGCGCUGAGGGCAUUUCAUACGUUUCUUUCUUGUGGGAGGCAUCUUUUCAAACCAUACCAGAAAUGAAGUGAUGACACGAACCACGCACAAGCCCUUGCGCUCACAUGGGAAUUGUCCACAAUACAUGUCUAGGCAGGCUUUUUUGUACAAUAGAGAGCGGCCCGCCAGGUCGCCGAGGGAUUGAUGCAGACGAUGAUUGCGUUGGUUUUUAUUUCUUGUUUUGGGUUUUCACUAUUUUUCUCUUUAUCUUGAAACUGCGAAUUGACCAUCAGAAGUUUUAAGAGAAUGUUGUUAUUUGACGC